UUCUUGUUGAAGAUUGAGUUUAUACAACACAAAGUACAAACCAUUAAUACCUGAUCACCUUGAGCUUUACUUUUAAGCUGGCCGGCUAGCAUCAGAUAUCCAUACUAGGGUUUCUGCUAGCUGCUUGCCUUUUCUUAAUUUCGCAUCGAAAUCAAAUCCACUUGGUUUGCUUAUCGAAUCAAGAAUGCAAGAGAGUCUUCCUCCAGGGUUCAGAUUCCAUCCUACAGAUGAAGAACUGAUAACGCACUAUCUGUGCCACAAGGUUUCCGAUGUUAGUUUCACGUCGAAAGCAGUAGCAGUCGUUGAUCUUAAUAAGUGUGAACCUUGGGACCUCCCAGGCAAGGCUUCGAUGGGAGAGAAAGAAUGGUACUUCUUCAACCUGAGAGACCGAAAAUAUCCAACUGGACUUCGAACCAACCGAGCCACGGAAGCCGGCUACUGGAAAACAACUGGGAAAGACAAGGAAAUACGUCGUGUAGGUGUGCUGGUUGGGAUGAAGAAAACCCUAGUUUUCUACAAGGGCAGAGCUCCAAGGGGUGAGAAAAGCAACUGGGUCAUGCAUGAAUACAGACUAGAAAACAAGCAUCCUUUCAAAUCCUCAAAGGAAGAAUGGGUGGUUUGUAGGGUUUUCCAAAAAAACAUUAGUGCAUUGAAAAAGCCACAACAAGCAACAACAUCCUCACAGAAGCAGCCAACCAACGAGUCUCCAUGCGACGAUACGAACUCAAUUGUUAACGAAUUCGGAGACAUCGAGCUGCCAAACCUAAACAGCAAUAUUAACGCAAAUUCAUCCAGCGGGUUCAGCAACAACAUUUCUUCACCCCAAAGCUAUUACAGCAAUAUUCUUGAUCAUAGCAAGAACAACAUAAACGACGUUACCAACAUGAGUUUGAAAAUGACUUGGGCAGCAACAGCGGCAAGAGAGGCAGCCGCCAACGCUCUUUCAUUGCCGUCAAGCUUGCUAAGUCCCUCGAAUCUUUCGGUGAAUUCGUUGCUUCUUAGGGCAUUACAACUUAGGAGUAGUACUAAUAAUAAUGGUAGUAAUUAUCAACCAAGAGCUACUAAUCAUGUUCAAGCUACAGCAGGCACUAGUACUCUAGAUUACUCAUCAUAUGAUCAUAUCCAGCAGCAAGGAAUGAUGCCGUCAAUGUCUCAUCACUUUGGAUCCAGUACUACUAUGGAUCAUAUAAAUUCAAAUUUCCAAGCUUCUUCGUCGAGUACUAAUGAUCAAAUGAUGGAAUCGAUGCCGCUGCAGCAUUCGGAGCAACCAUUCAAUUUGGACUCCAUCUGGUGAAGCUGUGAAGUGUACGGCCUGAUCCAACGAAUAAGCUCACAUCUUGUAAAGUUCAGCAUCGUUGCUGUAUUAAUCCUGAAGUACUGGUUAUGAAACAAAUGCAGUACCACAGGGAGAGUAGACUUCUCACAUGCACGCAGUAAAGUUCGAUAAUGUUCCAUAUAUUUAUAACUAUGUUGGACUAAUAUCGAAAAAUAAUAGGGUUCUUGCCCUAGUUUAUGGGUAUAAUUAUGUUGAAGAGUUAGUACUGUUACUUAUGUUGGUCCAGAUAUGAUCAAUGCAUGCUGGUAUAGAGAAAACUCCCUAUGUUCAAUUUGUGCCCUCUUAUAUUAUGUAAACAUCUUUUUCAUGGUCAAA